UGGAGGAGGAGGAUCAUCACAGUCUGGCCCUGAAACACGCUUUCCCUACACACGGUCAGAGGAGACAUAAUCUGAGAGGAAGAGCAUCGUCUGACCUGCUGCACCGCUUCACUUUCUCUACAAACAGACACGCAACAGGAUUAAAACGAUGUUGGGCCUACACAAAGUCCCGCUCACUCUGGCCUUCUGCCUGCUGCUCUCUGCCACACUCUUAUCCAGCUCUGAGGCCCGGCGUGGUGGCUUCGGCCGAGGUGGAGGUGGCUUCAGGGCCGGUCGUGGUCAGGUCUACAGACCAGUAGUGGUCCAGAGAAGUGGUCCCAGUGCUGGCAAAGUAGCAGGGGCAGCCGCAGCAGGAGCCGUGGGAGGAGCAAUGCUGGGGUCUGCCUUGAGCCGCCCUGGCCUUGGGUAUGGUGGGGGUUUCGGUGGGGGUUAUGGUGGAGGUUAUGGUGGGGGUUAUGGAGGAUAUGGAGGGGGCUAUGGCUACCCACGAUAUGGAGGGGGUGUUGGCUAUGGCUCCAGGGGCGGCUAUGAACCAGAGGGUUCUGGAGAUAUGGAGUACUACACUGGCGCGUCCAGUGGCCCAAUCUACAACAGUAUCAUCGUUGUCAUUGGCUCCCUGAUGUCCCUGCUGAUGGGACACUGGGUGGUUCUCAUGCAGCCCUGAAGACAGUUCUGAAAUCCCAAAAAACAACUCAUGACCUGACUGUACAGAGGACAAUUUUUGGUUUUGAGUUAAACGUGACCAAAAAAUACGCUACAUGGACAACAGUAUUUGGAUGCCUGACCAUUACACCACCAGGGACUUUAAUGACGUAUUCAAAUACAUAUACAGCUUCCCCUUUUGCAGCUAUAACAGCUUCCACUCUUCUUGGAA